GAUGAACUCGGGGAUCUUGUGAGUUCUUCCCUUAUCUGAAUGGUAACUGCUUGCACUUUCCUCUUCUGCACUCCCCACAAGGAAGAUGAUAGAUGUGUGUGAUGUUGGCUUGUACUUUGAAGCACAGAUUCUGGAGGUCAUCUUUGAACCUGAGUGUCUACAGCAUGGAAUACGGAAGACCAGUGCAAGGCCUGGCAAUGGCACCAAAUUUGCUCUGUACCCAGGACUCCUUCCUUUAAAUGAGAGGACCAAACGAGACGGUGUGAUGAACAUGCCACUGCAUCAGAUCUCUGUCAUUCCAGCUCAGGAUGUUACCUCUUCCAGAGUCUGCAGGAGCAAGACCAAAGACAAAGAGAGAGAAGAACUGAAUGAGAAGGCUUUGGGGCAUUCUGUGAGCCGUUCCAGUAACAUCUCAAAGGCUGGCAGUCCAACCUCUGUUUCUGCUCCUCAUAGCUUCCCUCGGACAUCUGUUACACCAUCCAAUCAGGACAUCUGCAGUUCCAGUGCAGUGUUUUCUGAAUGUUGUCAUCACAGUCCAGUGCAGUCUGCUGUUGUCUUGAAAAAUCCUAACUGCCAGAAUUCUCUGACACAAGGGGUCACUGUGACAGUAAUCUGUCAAGACACGUUACAGGCAUCAAAGAGAAAUUCCCAUGGGCAGGAUUGGGUGCAACCAGUCCAGGCUGCCAACAAUGCAAGCUCCACCCACUCUCUGAAAUUCUCCAAGUCCCUCAAUGACGUUGACCAGAGGGCACAAAGCACCGUUGCGGGCUUUAACUACAUGGAGCGAACAUGCUCAGAAGGCAAAUUGACACCAGCUCAGGAGCAGUGUUCAAGGAUUAACAGAUUUCACUUGAAAGAGAAGAAAUUACUCAAUCUUGGGCCUCUUUCUUUUAACAGUUCCAAACACUCCUAUAUCCCUUCUUUUUCCAAUGGCUCGAGUGCAUCAGGAGGAGCAGAGAACGAAAGCAUGGUACACAUUCCUCUCCUGGAGGACAGGGUGGACCAUGAGAUAUCAAGAAGCAAAAAGCUGCUGCGUUAUCUUUUCUCCUUUUCCCACACUGCAAGUGCCAGCAGCCUGCAUAAGUUCCAUGAACUGGAGAGCUAUCCAAGCCAUGUUCACGCAGAGAAAUCUUCCAGCAUGCUGGUGGAAAGCACAGGCUUUGGCUCCGAUGACAUGGGAGAUGAUGAUGUGUUUGAGGACAGUGCUUCUGUGAAGCUGAAGAUGAAAGAGCUGCGGGCACCGCUCUGCUCAGCUGAGAAGGACAGUGACCUAGACUGCCCUUCCCCUCUAUCAGAAAAAUUCCCCCCUCUCUCCCCUGUGUCAGCAUCAGGGGAUACCUGCAGGAUAUGUCACUGUGAAGGAGAUGACGAGAGUCCCUUGAUAACCCCCUGUCACUGCACAGGAAGUCUUCAUUUUGUGCACCAAGCCUGCCUGCAGCAAUGGAUCAAGAGUUCUGACACCCGAUGCUGUGAACUCUGCAAGUACGAGUUCAUCAUGGAGACCAAAUUAAAGCCUUUAAGAAAGUGGGAGAAGUUGCAGAUGACAGCCAGUGAGAGGAGGAAGAUCAUGUGCUCUGUAACGUUCCAUAUCAUUGCCAUCACCUGCGUCGUGUGGUCUCUAUAUGUCCUCAUAGACCGGACUGCUGAAGAGAUUAAACAGGGACAGACUACUGGGAUUUUGGAGUGGCCAUUUUGGACUAAGCUGGUGGUUGUAGCUAUUGGUUUCACUGGAGGACUUCUGUUUAUGUACGUACAGUGCAAAGUGUACGUACAACUGUGGAAGAGACUCAAAGCUUAUAAUCGAGUAAUAUAUGUACAAAACUGUCCAGAAACUAGCAAAAAAAAUAUUUUUGAAAAACCUGCACUAAUGGAGCCAAACUUUGAAAAUAAAGAAAUGCUUGGUGUUCACCAUUCAGAUACGAACUCUUCACAUUACACGGAGCCAGAAGACUGCGGUGCAGAAAUCCUUCAUGUCUGAUUGUUGGGGGGUUUUAUCCUCUAUGUUGUCAAAGAUCUAAAACAUCAUUGUUUACUUCAAACUGCUCUACCUUUUCAAUUUAACUAAAUGCCUAUGACUGGCAGAUGAACAUUUUUUUUCUUUUUUCUUUUUUUUUACAUUUUUAAAUGCUCUGAUAUACCUGUCAAUAUGUUAUCAUCUGCAUACCUCUCAGUGUUUUGUCUCUCAGACUGACCUGAACAAAGAGACACAGGAAAUAUGAGUGUGAAGCAAGGCUUCAGUGCAUGGCAAACCCUAGUGUAAACCAUCAUUGGCUUUAUGGUGUGCGCUGCUUUCGAAAGACAGCUUUAAUACGUCUCAGAAUGCGUGUGGGAUAACAUUGCAUCCGACUCUGAGGAGCAGCUGAGAGAGAACCAUGAGAGCGCUAGAGUCUAAUUUACUGCUAACACUGCCACUAACAUUUGACUUAGGCAGCAGUUGUAAAAUUAUGCUUUACAUAUUGUGAUAAAAGACUCACAAAGCAUAUAGCACUUUUUAAAAUCUUUAUUUUGUAAUAUAAGUGUCCAAUGGGAAUGAAACUUGAAAGAAUGUCUCAUUUCAGAAUAUCCCUUUUUAAUAUUCACUCUUGAUCCACAUCCAUCCUAUUAGAUUCUAAACCUUUUGCCUUAUUAAAAAAAAAACAAAAAACAACAAAACAACUAAUAUGGUUUUCAGCACAUGCCCAUGGUAUCAUAGUAAAUGUAACACUAAAAAAUCUGCCUCUUGGGUUUCUUUCCCCCUUUCAGGAGCAAAUUUGUGGAAGAAUAUUGCACUUGUGACUUGUAUAUGGAGAAUAGUGGAUGUAGAAAUGUUUGUUUCUAAUGUGUAAUGGUCGCAGUGUUCUCUUUUGGAGGGGUUGUUUUGCUUUUUAAAAAGAUCAGCUACACAGUUAACAGACCUGAACACAUUCCUGAUGUAACUUUCAUCCCAAGCUACUGGCGGAAGAGUGAUGCUGUACCGGAAAAAUGUGAGCUCUUAAAAAAAUGAAACAAAACAAAACAAAAACUCAUCACUGUUAAUACAGCUGGACAUAGUUUGCCUCUGUUAAUGCUGUGUCAUGUGUGACUCGUGUGAGAAUUUGACAUUAUGAAGGUGCAUUAUUUGACACUGUAGAUAACUUAUAAGGAGUAAAUAUUGCAUAAGAAUUUCAGUCUCUUCAAAGGUAAGAUUGUUAAGCUCAGAUUGUGAUAUAUUCCUUGGACAGAGUGGGUUUAGUUUGGUUUGGUUUAACUUUGCAAAUGGCUCAUUGAACUAGCUGCUGAACAGAAAGAGGCACAGUUCUGUAGUCCGUGUGGGUGUAUCUACAUUGCACCACUAUCGUUCUCACUUGGAAGCAUCAUGCCCUGACUACACACUCCCACUCACCCUCCAGAUCUGGAAAGGUGGCAUUUAGCCUAUUCCAGGGCAUGCUUCUAUGGUAGGUGUCAAGGCCAUGGACUUGGCUAUGGUUGAGAACAGCCACAGAGGGACACCCUGGAGUAGCCUUACUGUCUCAUUUCCAGCCUUGGAGCAUGUAAGUGGGAGUGGAAUGGGCACAUCUGGGGUCAUCUCAGCUAGGACAUAUUGCAACCAUGGUGUAAACAGUCUCUUGGAGAACUGGAUAGAGGCAUCUAGAAGUUUGGAAAUAUGUUGUGUUUUGUUAGGAAAUCAUUGCCUCAAGUACAGUCAAGUUAAAGUGAAGGCUACUCAGGGCUAAUUUAUGCAGAGUAGUGUGUCAGUGCCACACAUAAGGGGAAAAUAAGUCAUUAUGAAAUAGCUCCCAUGUUCGAAUGGUGACUUGCUUUACAGGGGCUCAGUCAAUCUCCCUGUAAAGUCAAUGAGAAUUUUUCCCUUUUGACUAUUGUGGAAAUUGCUCUGGACCUCUCAUUUCGCUAGAAAAUCUUUUGAAAUAUUGGCCUGGAUCUCAGACUCCUUAUUCAGGGGUUUCUCAGUCCAUUCUCAAAUAAAACUCAUAUUGAACAUAAAUUGGGCCUAAUGAACAUGUCUCCUCUUAUGGAUCCUAGAAUGGAAGAACAGUAAGAAAUCAAGGAGUUUUUCUUGAAAUGUGGAAUUGAGUUAUUUAUAUCUCAAUCUUUUGAAUUAAAAAUCUGCUUCUUAUGAGACAGAAGAGGGAACAUAGAGGACAUGGACCUGUGGUCUUAAAAGUGUGUGUGUGUGUGUGUGCGCGCGUGCUUGCGCGUGCGCAUACAUGUGCAUGUGUGUCAACUUCAAGCUUACUGGCUUCAGUCUUCAUUGAUAACAUGGUCUCCUGUUCUUGAGAUGCUUGAAAAUAUCACAAGCUUUUGGACAGUCUCUCAAGAUGCACUUGUGUGUGCUAUGGUGGGUGCCAUUAUGUCCCAGGAUUACAUGAUGUAAGCAGGUGAAACCUCACUUCCACCAUCUUGGCUGCAGUCAUCGUGUCUCCAUGCCUGCAGAGUCCAUUACCUGUGUCUGCCACACUCUAAAGUGCAAUUAUACAGGGCCUCUUUCUGAACUGUCUUACGUGGGGUGCUAUUGAUUUCAUGUCUUUGUAUCUGAACCCAGAUAAUGCAGUGUUUUAUUUUUAUUUUGUGGAAGGUUAUAUAAGUAUACUCAGGUAGGUUGAAUACCAGGUCCUCAAUGCCUUCAUCCUGUUCUUAAUACAUUUCCAUGCAUACAAGCCUUCAAGGAUUAAAAAUUAACACACACAGCUUCCUUUAGGUUGUUGCCACAUGUCAUCCUAUCUAAUCCACAACCCUUUGAGAAACAUCACUAAAUUGACUGUAUUCAUCAAAAUCCAAGAUGAUUCUGAGUUUAAGACAACUUUCCAAUAAUCACAUUCUAUACACGGAAAAAAAUAAUUUGUUAUCAUUUUCCAUGUAUAAAAUUGAAUUAUUGGAGGGUUGUCUUAAAUUCAUCCCCCGGACCACUGCAGUGGCAUGGGGACAGGAAGUGAGGAAGGCAGGCAAUGGGAGACUCAAGCAGCUUGACCACUAUUGCCUUACCGCCCCCCUCUCUCCCUCCAACACUUUGUCCCUUGCUGCUCCCAUCAUCUUUGCCCUCCUAUCUGCAAACCUGCUCCCCAUUGAGAAGAUUUGGGAUGCUAUAAGGUUCUUUUCCCUAAUUCAUCUUUUCUGAGUGAAAUUAGGGCAUGGUAUUUCAACCCUUACCAAGGCAAAUAAUAAUUGUGUGUAGCCCUUUUGAAAGCAACAGAACUGUGAGAGUAAGAGCUGCAGAACUGAUCAUUUGUUUAUUAUUCUUGCUGACUUUUGUUCAUCCUAUCGACGUAUCUCAUGUUGAUUCUUGCCCAAUGGACUGUAAAACUACGUUUUGCUUCUUUACCACAGUGCCAUCAGGUGGUAUAAUAAAGGCCAUCAACAAGGGCUGCAAAGCAUUUACCCUCAUUCUGCAAGUUUUAGCAUUCUCUCUGAACUUUGAGUGACAAUGACCAUUCUUUAUCAAAUCAGGCACUCUAAGCCUGUUGUCUUGGAUGCUUUUCCAAUAAUCAGGUAAAACUAGAGUGGAUUUUUGGCUCGUUUUACACCCACGAUUCCUGACCACAGUCGAUGGGCCUCCUGGUGUAUAAGUGAGAGUAGAAUUUGAGUCAAAGAGAACAGUAGCUUAAUUUAUCUACUACAGCAUUAUCUAUAGACUGUCAGAUCCAGCAUUGGUUGUUUUCUGCAGAGUAGGGACAUCAUGAAAUAUAGUCUAAUGGAAAAUUUGCAUUUCACUGUCUUACAUAGUCUUGUCCAACAUGUCUAGUUAUGCUGAGGAAAUCUCCUUCCUGUAUAUCUGCAUGGUCAUAAGCACACAUUUAGAGCUACACAUGCAUGUUAGAGAAGGUUGAUUCACUUUGAGAUCAUCAUAUGUUAAACCCCUACGAAAUCUCAGGAUUCUCUUAAACUAACUUUUUAUGUGGGUGGGCAGGAGAUUAACUAACAAACAAACAAACAAACAAACAAAACAAAUGCAUGCCAUUGUUGCCCUGUAUUCAAAAGAAAUGGAUGAGACCUGAAGACCAAGUUUUAUAGAGAUCAUUGGUGUUCAGAGCCAGGAUAUCAUGCAGCACAUUGUAGAAGUAUGGAAAAUUCACAAAGGUGUAGAUUGAACUGGCAGGGGUAAAUGGUAGUGGAUUGCUGUAAAGGAAUUGUGUAUCUUUCUUGACUUCUGACCUUCUAUCAAUUCAGCUUCACUGACCUAAGCAUUAGCUCCUACUGUUGGGAAGAGAAUUUGGGUGUACGGGGCCUUCCAACAGCACUGGGAGGACUUGGGAAGUACUGUCAUGGCUGCACGUGGGAUUUGAUUCUUACGCCCCUGGAUGACUGAAUUAGGUGGGUGACAAACAGGCCAAAUGCUUCUCACACAAAGGAGUGCUGGGAUCUUGAUGCCUGGAGUGGCUCUCUGUAGACAGUGAGAUCUGCUAUGGCGGUAAGUUUGUUUGUUUUGUUUUGUGUUUUUAUUGUCCCUCCAUGCACACCGCUUCAAUGGCAUUUGAGUCUCUGGUUCUGGUUUAGAUCCCUCUAGUUUUCUGACACUGUGAGGGGCAAAUACAAAAGCAACAUUCUUGCGGGCUGGAUUUUCACAGCAUUAUCCUAGAUAUGCAAAUAAAAUUUUUAAACAGGACCACUUAUUUUGUGAUUCUCCUGGGGUUUUUUAGUUUGCAAUAUUGCAGCAUCUAUGUAUCCCAAUGAAAUACUGAAAAUUAGCAAGCACUUGUCUUUGUAUAGAUGAUAACUGUUAAAAAUUACAGCUGAUCUUGUAUUUAGAUAAAACAUUUGUAGAUAGGUGAUUGUAUACUGUUAAUCAACUUUACACUGGCAUGUGUUGUAUAGUUUCUACAAGACACUUCACAAUUCCGCAGAAUUUUUUUAGUUAUUUAGUAAAUUUCUAGUAACUUAAAUGUAUAGUUUUGUAUCCUUUUCUGUAUGUUUGUUUUCUCAGUAUUACCAUUUGCAGAAGUACUAUUAGUUUCUUAACUGUAAUUGGUUAUUUGUGCUGUGAUACACAGGGUUGACUGCAGCAAUAAAGCAUUUCUAUAAAAAAAAAAUAAACCAAAGUA